UCUUGGUUAAAAGUUAAAACCGAAAGAUAGACAAGAUAGACAGGCAGGCAUUGAGGAAGACGAUGAGUUGAGAAAGUGUUGAUUUUUUCUGAAACGAUCCCGACCCUCCAAUUGUUCCAAUCACAUAUCAUUAUUAUAAUCCAUCCCCAUCAAUUACUAAUUAAGAAUCCAGCCAAACUCACUGGUGGGUUAAGACUUAAACCUGACUAGGACACUCCCUAAUCCUAAUCCUAAUCCCUAUCUUUCUGGUGCGGCCUACACCGCCUAAUAAUAGAUAGAUAGACCCAAAAUAAAGAAAUUUUGAAACAGGAUCAACAAAUCAAAUCAAAAUCUCAUCUUGAUCCUUCUUCAGAUUCAAGGUUUUACUCUAACAAGCAAACAUGGUCAGUCUUUUUUCCAGAUUCUCCAUCUCUAGAAGUUCCCAUCGUCGCACCCAAAGCGCUCUUGACGGGAGAGAAGAAGUUGUUCCUAUUUCAGAACCCACCGCCGCCGCCGCAACUGCAACCGUAUUAGCUACUGGUGGUGUUGGUGUGACAACCAUUACUUCCGCCGGUCAUGGGCUUCAACUUGCGGUUGAGUUUAAGCCAGUGGAUCAUCCAACUGAACCUCUUGAUCAUGACAUCCCCAUUCAAUGCCCACUUCCUGAACCUUCAAUUCUCAAUGAUGGGAGACUAUGGAAGGAACGAGUAUCGGUUGGAGUUAGAAGAAUAACAACAGAUACGCCUUCUGUUGAAGGGGGCAACACCGAUGAAUCUGUACCAAAACCGAAAUCAAGACCACCUUCGAGGCGCUUAAUUCUACCAUCUAGCAGCGCACCAGAGCAUAAUAUCUUGAAACUUCUCGAAGAAUCUGGAAUUUAAUCUGCUUUCGAAACACAAGGUUAAUUCAUUGAUUUACUAUGCAUUUGCUAGUCCAUACACCAAUAUAUGAUUGUAAAUCAAGAGCUUUGUAAAACAAAAAACAAUUGUCUUCUAUUAAUAUGUCUUUUUUACUUCCCCACA